AUGUCAGCAUAUCCUGUGGAGGAUGAACUCUGUCUUACGCCCACCGAUGGUCCCUUGAACCUCCUUGUGCGCUAUCCUCCAAGCAGAGCUGCCACCAUCCGCACUCUGACACUAGACGGUUGCCUUAUCUAUGGAGGAAAGCCGCCCAGUAACGAUGACCAAUCACAGGGAAAUUUCUACCUUCGCGGACACUUCCUGCCAGAUCACCGCUGGCUUAGCGCGCUUGCGCAAGUUCUUCCCCACUUCCAGAACAUCCAGACGCUUCGCUUGCACAAGCUCCGCUGGGGUUACAUAAAGAAGGAGGCGCGCGACCUCUUACCCCAAUUCCCGCGCCUCGUCACCGUCGAUCUCCACGAUGUCGACUUAUGGAACACGUAUCAGUGGUUCGACUUUCUCGACUCGAUCCCACGAUUGUCCCGCCUUCGCAUGGAGGAUAUUGACUGGGAGGACACCAACCAUUUCCCCUGCCGGCGAGAAAGCUACGCACCCCUCCGUUUGGAGCAUCUGCGUUACUGUGGACGAGAAACUGGUCUGCCGUUACUCCUGGAAUGGGUGGUAGGAAAUCGUACAGACAUAGUUGUGCGAGGUCUCGACAUCGAUUGCAAGACUGCCAACAUCGCACCGAUUAUCGAGUUACUCGUGAAGAUAGCCCCUGGUCUUGAGUCAUUUGAGUUCAAACAGCAGCUGCACACUCAUGCAGUGCCGCAUUCUACUGUUUCAUCCAAUAUUAAUGAUCGUGACGAUUCUACUGUCACAUCCAAUAACGAUGAUCGUGACGAUUUUUCCUUUGACUGGUUGGAAGCGGCGAAAGCGCACAAUAAGAUCGGCCCCGAUGACGACUGCGACACGGGCCCCCAGAUGCCGGUUGGAACGGUUUGCGCCAGAUGCGCUCGUACUGUGCAGACCUCACGAGGGCAGCAAGACCUGGCGCACGGUAGCACAAGACAAGUGAACAGUGUCACUGCCCAGCCACACUUGUCCCUACAGGAUGCGCGGAGGUUGCAGUUCCCGUCGUUCGGAGCUCUUGAGUCAAUAAGCGCGGAGCUAGUAUGGCACCCAUCCGCUUCGCCACUUGCUAUCGAGAUGUUAUGCGAGCUAGUCACAGACCGCACGACGAAGUUCACGCUGGACCUUCAGUUCAACUCUUUUCAUGACCUGUUGGAUGUGGUCUGGCGUCCCAUCGUCAACUCUCUCACCUCUGUCUCCAUUGCCGCCACCUCCAGGAGGGAAGGUUGUUGCUUCUUCUUCCAAGUAUACUGUGCCUUCCAUGACGAUGACGAGGAACGCACGGUGCAAAGGAUCAUGGGGCGGUUGCAGAAGGUGUGUGAAGGGAAGCUUUUCGAUGUAUCCGUCCUGCAUUGCCAAAGGGAAGAUUAA